AAAAUCAUAGGAUAUCGGUGAGUACAGAAAGUGCGGGUGAAGAUGAGGAAAGUAUUGGGGGUGAUGAUUUUGCCACAAGAAUUGCUAUGACAACAAAAAUGCUUGGUCUACAUGCUGGUGGUAGUCCAACACCUGGUGGUGGUUAUCAUCGUGGUAACAUGGGUCAUCAUCAUAAUCAACAUGUUAGUUUUGAUCCUGAAACAGCAUUACAUACGCCAACAACAAAUUUAUUAGAUAAACCAGAUGUUGAUAAAAAAGUCAAGAGGCAAAGUAUUCAUGGUAUGAUGGAAGAAGCAAAUGUUGUACGACCACAUCAAGAAAUAGCAAGUCUUUCUUUGUCUGAAAAACGUUAUUUACUUGCUGUUGAAAGAGGUGAUGUUGCCUCAGUAAGAAGAAUGCUAGCAGAAACCGAAAAAUCGAUAAAUAUGAAUUGCGUUGAUCCACUUGGUAGAUCAGCAUUGUUAAUGGCAAUUGACAAUGAAAAUCUUGAAAUGGUUGAUUUAUUAAUUCAAUAUAAAGUUGAUACAAAAGAUGCAUUAUUACAUGCAAUAUCUGAGGAAUUUGUUGAAGCUGUUGAAUUAUUACUUGAACAUGAAGAAACUUUACAUCGUCAUGGCGAGCCACACGUAAGCAGCUCGGCUGUGUCAUCGUCCGCUUGUCAUACCAGUUGGGAAGCAUUGCAUCCUGAUACAGCAACAUUUACACCAGAUAUAACACCAUUAAUAUUAUCAGCACAUCGUGAUAAUUAUGAAAUAAUAAAAAUUUUAUUAGAUCGUGGUUCUGUAUUGCCAAUGCCACAUGAUGUAAGAUGUGGCUGUGACGAGUGUGUAACUUCAAGACUUGAAGAUUCCUUGAGGCAUUCACGUAGUCGUAUCAAUGCAUAUCGUGCACUUGCCUCACCAUCAUUAAUAGCACUGUCUUCCAAAGAUCCAAUAUUAACAGCAUUUGAAUUAUCAUGGGAACUACGUAGACUAUCAUUUCUCGAGCAUGAAUUUAAAUGUGAAUAUCAGGAAUUAAGACGUAAAUGUCAAGAUUUUGCAACAGCAUUAUUGGAUCAUACAAGAAGUUCUUAUGAACUUGAAGUAUUGCUUAAUCAUGAUCCUACUGGUCCUGCAUUUGAGCAUGGUGAUAGAAUGCAUCUCAAUCGUCUUAAAUUAGCUGUUAAAUUACGUCAAAAAAAGUUUGUUGCACAUCCAAAUGUACAACAAUUAUUAGCAUCAAUAUGGUACGAAGGUCUUCCUGGUUUUCGUCGUAGAAAUAUGGUCCUCCAAGCAAUGGAAAUUGUUAAAAUUGGUAUAUCAUUUCCAUUGUUAUCAUUUGCAUAUAUUAUUGCUCCACAUAGUAGAUUUGGUCAGAUAAUGAGAAAACCAUUUAUUAAAUUUAUUUGUCAUUCAGCUUCGUAUUUUACAUUUUUAUUCAUGUUAAUUUUGGCAAGUCAAAGAAUUGAAAGUGUCAUUGGUUUAUGGACCGGUCAAGAUAUUGAUAGUCAUGAUCCACCAAGUAAAAGAGGUGCAGCACCAACUCUUGUUGAAUGGCUAAUUCUUGCUUGGGUAUCAGGUUUAAUAUGGUCAGAAGUUAAACAAUUAUGGGACGUUGGACUUGAGGAAUAUAUAAAUGAUAUGUGGAAUGUUAUUGAUUUUGUGACAAUGUCACUUUACGUUGCAACAUUUGCAUUACGUAUUGUUGCUUAUUUUCGUGUACUCAAAGAAAAUGAAGGACAAGCACCUGGUACAAUAAUUGAAUUACAAAGAGAACAAUGGGAUACUUGGGAUCCAAUGUUAAUAUCUGAGGGUCUUUUUUCAGCUGCAAAUAUAUUUAGCUCCCUCAAACUUGUUUAUAUAUUUUCCGUUAAUCCGCACUUGGGUCCUCUUCAAGUAUCACUAUCAAGAAUGGUUAUGGAUAUUAUGAAAUUUUUUUUUCUAUUUGUACUUGUACUUUUUGCAUUCUCCUGUGGAUUAAAUCAGCUGUUGUGGUAUUACGCUGAUAUGGAAAAGAAAAGAUGUCCAUCAGCAAAUAAUCCAAGCUCGGGAAAUAAUAGUGCAACAAUGGAUUCAAAUGCUUGUAUUGUUUGGCGAAGAUUUGCAAAUUUAUUUGAAACAAUACAAACAUUAUUUUGGGCAGUGUUUGGUCUUGUUGAUCUUGAAAGUUUUGAAUUAGAUGGAAUCAAAGUAUUUACACGUUUUUGGGGAAUGUUAAUGUUUGGCACGUAUUCAGUUAUCAAUAUUGUUGUUCUACUUAAUCUAUUAAUUGCAAUGAUGAAUCAUUCUUACCAGUUAAUAUCCGAACGUGCUGAUGUUGAAUGGAAAUUUGCUAGAAGUAAAUUGUGGAUUAGUUAUUUUGAAGAGGGUGGAACUGUACCACCACCAUUUAAUAUUAUUCCAACACCAAAAAGUCUCUGGUAUAUAUUUCAAUGGGUACAUAGAAAAUUUUUUUCACAACGUAGAGCUGCUAAAAAAGAACACAUGAGAACAAUUAGAAGAAAAGCAUGUUGGGAACGUGAUUUUCGUUAUCAAAGUAUAAUGAGAAAUUUAGUUAGAAGAUAUGUGACUGUUGAGCAACGAAAAACAGAGGGUGAAGGUGUAACUGAGGAUGAUGUUAAUGAAAUAAAACAAGAUAUAAGUGCAUUUAGAUGUGAGCUGAUUGAAAUAUUAACAGCAUCUGGAAUGAAAACAACAACAAGUACAUCAACUGGUUCCGGUGAGCUCUCUGGUCCUUCCUGCAUUGUUUCCUCAAGUCGCGCAGGUCGAAAGAAAAAUCGUCAAAAAGAACGACGAUUGAUGAAGGGCUUCAAUAUUGUUCCCCAGCCAGGUGGAAGUGGAAGUUUACCACCAGUUGCUGAAUAUAAUGACAACAGAACAAGUCAUGAAUUAUCACGUAGUACAUUAAGUGGUAUAUUUGCACCAGUUACAUUAAAAAAAAAUCCACAUCAUAUUAGUACAAAUAGUGUACCAUCAAGUUGUACAAGAAUUAAUAAUACAAAUAGAAUUUGUUCAAGAAAAAAAAAAUGGGGUGCAUUAAUUGAAGCUGCUAAAGUUCGUUCAAAACUCAUUGGUAGAUCACGUUCUGAAGAUUCAAUGUAUCCACCAGCAUCUGAAGACGGUGGUUUUCGUUCAGAGGGUUCAAGUGAUUCAAAAUCAUCAAUUGAUGUACCAGGUGGUAGUCAGGAUAAUCCAACAAUACAAGAAAAUCAAAGACAAUUAAAUCCAUUAAUUCAUGGACUGGAUUUUUCUACAGCCCUGGCAGCAUUGAAAAUAAAAAGAAAAAAAUUUUCAAGCUCCAGGGCAUCAACACCAGGAAUGACAAGCGUAAAUACAACGACAACAGAGAGUGUAUCAGCCAUUCCAAUCGGAAAUACAAAUGUUGCAGCUGUUACAAUGAUGAAAAAUCAAUUGCAUCGAGCAAGCAGUGUACCAACGAGAAAUCAAGAUAUGAUAAAUCCAUUGAUACUGGGAAGACGUCACGAUACAACACAGAGUCAACAGCCAAGUUUGGACACAGGGGAAAUGACAAGUGUCAGUGAACAUAUUGAGGGUGAUGAUGGAGAAACAUCACAGAGUCAGUCAACAACGACAUCUGAUACAUUACAAACACAAACAAGUAUCACAAUGAGUGUCAAAAUAAAUGGAUCAGCAACACAACUUCAACGUCUUGCUGCAAAUGAAACACCUCGUGAUGUCAACACUGGCUGGCUCUGAGCUUAUAAAAUAUAUUGAAAAAAUAAACGAAAUUUUAAACUGCAUUCCAAUUAUUAUUCUUUGAUUAAAUUUUAAAGAACCAAAAUUAAUAUUUAUGAUAUUUUGAAAAAUAAAUAAUCAAAAUUUCAUUUACAAAAAUUAUUCAUCUUUAUUAAUGCUAAAUAAAUUAAU